AUGCCUAGCACAGCAGCACCACUCCAUGUUCUCAUCGUAGGAGCCGGCAUCACCGGCUUGACGGCGGCAAUCGCCUACAGGCAGAAGGGAUUCUCCGUCACCGCCUUGGAAGCUUCGAUCGAGUUCUCACAUGUUGGUGCAGGAGUUUUCCUAGGAGGAAACGCCACGCGCAUUCUGUGUGAAGUGGAUCUCCAAGAUGCCCUUGAAAAAUGUGCUGUCCAUCUGAGGAGAAACAUCUUUAGGAAUCAGGACGGCUCCAAAACCCUCAGUGCGAAAGACGUUGGCGUUGUGAUUAAAAUGGGAUAUUCCGUCAGAGAGUACGACGCAGUGGCGCCGAAGGCCAUCGCAAACGACGGGACAGUAUUUGAGGCUGACGUUAUCUUGGCCGCCGAUGAUCAUUUGCAAGAGAGAGCCUCCUCGGUCGACCUGACGAACCUCGUCCCAGCGGAAAUGCCGCUUAUAGGGCUCUCAUUCCUAUCGAAAAACUACACCGAGUGCCUGAACUCAAGGAAUUCCUCGACUGGAAAACUCAGACAAACUUUGUCUGGUAAACUCUCUCUUCUCCUUGGUCUGACAUUCGAAAUUCUGAUGGGUCUAUCUAGGAUUGGUCAAGGCAAACAUGUCGUGGCUUAUCUUCUCCGUCAGGGAACUGUGUAUAAUGUGGUGUUGACCGGCCCUGCGCAGAAGACCAUAGGCUCUAAAUAUGUGGUCAAGGCCGACGUCACCGAAGUUCUUGAGCAAUACAAAGACUGGGAUCCAUGUCUCGUAAAAGUGUUGAAAGAGCUUCCUGACGACAGCACCUUGGAGUGGCGGCUCUGCGACAUGGAGCCCAUGGACUCAUGGGUGUUUCCUGGUGGCAAAAUAGCGCUGAUGGGAGAUGCUUGCCAUGCGGUGCUCCCUUCCGCCGCCCAAGGUGCGGGGAUGGGAAUGGAGGACGGAGUGGCAGUUGCAGAGUUUCUUGCACGAACUGAAUCUAUAUCUCAGAUCCCGCAAGCCCUAAAGGCAUACCAGGAACUGAGACUCCCGAGAUGCGAGGCUAUCAUGACGGGCGCCCGGGGUGACGCGAAGAAGUGGCAAGGUAGAAGUGGCGCUCCGCCCAAGGCUGGUGUGAGCAGCGAAUGGUCGUGGGAAUAUGAUGUCAAACGUGCUGCUAGAGAAUCCCCUCUAGAAGGUUAG